GUCACCAAAGGCGACUACGCGAGACGCACGACUGCGCGCCGCAAAAGGACAAAUCAAUCGACCAACGCGCUCGUGUCUACAUUGCCGUUGAGUAACUCAUUGAUACUACCAACGCCUGCAUAUCAACUAUAUCAAUCAAAAUGGCGCCGCUAGCACCAGGGUCUCUUGAGGCCGUCAAAAUCGACCUCUCGCACCAGGAAAUGGACCGCCUGGUGACAGAGCUAGAGAACAUCUGGCAGAUGUUCACGGUCAACGACGAUGGGCCAAGCGGCAUUGAAUGGCUGCCCGUGGCCGGAAUCGCGAAUGCGCUUCGCGAGGACCUGGGCUAUGAGGAUAUGGACGAGUUUGAGGACGCGCUGGGCGGCACCUUUGCGGACUUCCUGGAUAAACUGCCGCGCGUGGUGAAGCGCGAGCAGGAGGGCCGUUGGUACUUCCAGAUUACGCCGGAGCCGCCGCAGAGCGAGUGGAAGCCGGUGCGCAUGACGCUGACCAUCCAGAACCGUCAGGACCUGUGGCGCGUGUGCCUCAAGUCGCCGCACGCGCGCGUCGAGAUCCCCGAGCUGGAGUUUGAGAUCUCCGUUGAUGGCAAGAAGCACAUUGACUCCAUCUACAACCACAUCGCGCAGGCCAUCUUCAACCUGGGCAACUACGUGAGCAGCACGCGCAACUCCAUGCCGCCUGACACCGCGGCCAAGAUCAUGGAGACGGUGGAGCAGCUCAACAUCCUGCUGGACGUGGAGAAGCCCUGGACGUGGAUCGUGCACGACCCCAGCGGCAUCAGCGAGUUCAAGCCGGCGGACGGCGUGCUGGUGGACGAGUUGUGAGCCAGGCGUGAUGGUGGCGACUUCAUACGGUGGCGAGUGGCGUGUGUAUGCAUGCGUAUGUGUGUGUGUGUGUGUGUGUGUGUGUGUGUGUGUGUGUGUGUGUGUGUGUGUGUGUGUGUUGUGCUGUGGGUAGGCACGAUGUUGUGAGCGGCCUGGAAGUGUGACAGGCGGUGUGGCGGGUGGUGUGUGUGGGGUGGGGGGCGUGCAUGGUGCUGCGGUGGGGCUGAGCUGGCGGGCUGAGUAAGGAGGUGGGGAGCUGAGGCUGGGGUAGGGGUGGGGGUGGAGCACGGCGCAGCGACCGCGCUUUGGCGCUGACAUACGGGUCUGAGAGUAACAGAGAGGGCAGAGAGCGAAACGGAGCGCAAAGUGCGUGUCUGAGAGUGAGAGCGAGACUGCGAGAGAGCGAGGGAAAGGCGUGCGCGCGCGUGCGCGAGUGCUGGACUGCUGGAGGGGUGCACGGGGCAGGAGGUGAACACGACAAUGGGGCACGCCAGGGCAUCUGGCGUCAGGCAUUUGUCAUGUGACCAUAUGGGUUCACGGAUGCCUCGUGGCCUCAUGGUGCUGACGGCGAGGCACAAGGAACUUGUAACUUACCGCACUG